GCACUUCAGCCGGCGAGUAACCCACUCUAGAAAAAUCCUAUUACUCGGCUCGGAGCUUCGUCCUCCAGUCUCAGUCACGUCGCUAUGCGAGCUCUGCUCUCUCGCAUCCCGAUCUCAACAGCUUCCUUCUCCUCCUCCUCCUACUCCGUCGCCACCUCCAAAACCCUAGCCCCGAGCCCUAUCCUCGUCCCGCUCCGCCUCGUCCGCCGCUUCGCUGCCAUGGCCGGCGCCGCCGUGGAGGAGUUCGUGAAGGGCCGCGUCUUCCCCAACGGCGUCGCUGUCAUCACCCUCGACCGCCCCAAGGCCCUCAACGCCAUGAAUCUCGAAAUGGAUCUUAGGUACAAGGCACUACUUGAUGAUUGGGAAACAAAUGCGAAUGUGAAGUGCAUUCUUGUGGAAAGCAGUUCUCCACGUGCCUUCUCAGCAGGGAUGGAUAUUAAGGGUGUUGCAGCAGAAAUUCAAAAGGACAAGAGUGGGGAUGUGAAGAGACUUGCUAAUGAUUGCACAAUGCCAGAGAUAAUAGAGGUCUUCACAGCCGAGUACUCUUUGAUUUGUAAGAUACAUGAGUAUGUAAAACCCUACAUUUGCUUGAUGGAUGGAGUGACCAUGGGAUUUGGAAUUGGAUUGUCAGGACAUGGCCGCUACCGUGUGAUUACCGAGAGGACUCUCCUGGCCAUGCCAGAAAAUGGUAUUGGCUUGUUCCCAGAUGUUGGCUUUGCUUACAUUGGUGCAAAAGCUCCAGGAGGGGGUGCAGUUGGAGCCUACCUUGGGAUGACAGGGAAAAGGAUAUCUUCACCUGCUGAUGCUCUGUUCAUAGGUCUUGGAACUCACUAUGUACCUUCUGGGGACUUGGGGUCGCUCAAGGAAUCCCUCUUGAGUGCUAACCUCACUGCUGAUCCUCACAAAGAUGUCGAAACACUCCUGGCUGGGUACAAGAAGGAGCCAGAGACAGAGCCACAACUAGAAAAGCUUUUACAACAUAUUAUUUCUUCUUUUGGUCCUGAUAAAUCAGCUGCUGAAUCUGUUGAAGAGCUAAAAAAGUGUAGCCAAAGUGGUGAUGCUGCAGUGGCAGAAUGGGCCAAUGAUGCUUUAGCAGGACUUAAGAAAGGUGCCCCAUUUUCUCUUUGCCUAACACAGAAGCAUUUCUCUCAAGUUGCAUCAGCGUAUGGGAACAAUGGACACGGUCUAUCUAAGUUGGCUGGUGUUAUGAAGAUGGAAUAUCGCAUUGCCUUGAGGUCAUCAGUUCGAAAUGAUUUUGUUGAAGGUGUACGUGCUGUCUUAGUUGACAAGGACCAGAAUCCAAAGUGGAAUCCACCAACUCUGGAAGAUGUAAAUACCGAUGAGGUUGAAUCGAUUUUUGAACCAUUAGCUGCUGAAGCUGAGUUGAAUGUAUGAUUUUCUACAGCAACCCAUAAUGUUACUACUGCCUGAAUAUUCCUUAGUAUUUAAGAUAUUACAAACAUGAAUACUAUACCCAUCGAACCAAUAAAUAAAUGCUUGAAAUACAGUAUCUGAAACCAGUUGAAGUAUCGCCA